GUGUUGAAAAAAUCUUUGUUGAUCAUAAUUUUCGUCAUUUUCAAAACACUUUUCCAGAACCACUUUCUACAUCCGUUUUAAAAACCCGGAGAUCUCGGAGACUAGGACCAUGUCGGACGAGUACCAGCACGCGGCCCGCGGCAAGCUGAAGCUCAAGUGCGACUCCGAGAUCAAGAAGAAGAAGAAAAAGAGCAAAGAUAAGGACAAGGAAAAGCUGCGGGAAAAGGUCGAAAAGAGCCUGGAACAGAGCGGGAGCGGAAGUGGCCAGAACCAGCAGCAGGUGAAGCCAACCGGGCGGGUUCUGACGAAGGCGGAGGAGUCGUUCAAAAAGAUGCAGGAGAAGAUGCAAAAGAAACGAAUCAUGGAAAAGGCAUCGAUGACCCACAAGCAACGGGUGGAGCAGUUUAAUCAGCAUUUGGACGGCCUCACGGAACACUUUGAUAUUCCCAAGGUUUCGUGGACGAAAUAAGCUGACGAGUGUAAUUUAUCUCUAUUUUUAACUGCUAAUGUAAUGAAUCACAAGUAUAAUAAAUUGACGGAAAUGAAAUAA